UUCAAUUUGUACUCCGUACUUGUUGAAUCUUGCGUUGCAGGACUUUCAGGUACGAGCACUCUCCUGGUUUUGCUAUUUGCCGGCUACACCUGCUCUCUUUCCGGAAUAUCAUACUCUACAUGCCUCCCCGCCCCAAGAUUUGGCAUUCUGGGUCUACUUGUACAAUGCCGAGCCACUAGUGUUGAAGGCAUUACUCCGGUCAAGAAACUUGUAAUCCUCCCCCGAGCCCUAUCGUAAUCUUGCUGUUUCGGAUGUUUCUAGUCCCACAAAAACCCGCAGCAAGUUUACGCAAGUCCCUCCCUCUCCAUAAUGGGAGAACUUCAGCGAACGAGAUGGCUCAGAUUACUACCACAGAGGAUGGGAAAUUGCCUAUAAAAGGGCUGCCCGAUCCUCUCAUUUUGCGUCUAUCAGCAGCAGCACAACUACCACCACCAUGCAGCUUUCCACUCUCCUCGCGGCAGCAACACUCGCCUGCGCGGCGGUUGCUCACCCCGGCCCUCACACUCACAUUCCCCGUGCGGAGAUGGCCCGCCGCGCCGACCUAUCUUCUAAGUGCUCUGACAAGGUAGCCCGGUUCAACGAGAAGCGUUGGAAGCGGAACCUCGCCAAGCGUUCCAGUAGUGGCAAUUCAACCUUCCAAAUCACCACGGAAGCACCUCACUACCAAACCAUCCAGAAUGAGACCUGUGUGCUUGCCCCCGAAGUGACAGAGGGUCCGUACUGGUGGCCGGAGUCGCAGACCCUGCGUCAGGAUAUGACGGAGGACCAGUCUGGUGUUCCUUUAUGGCUGGAUGUGGGUGUGCUUGACAUGGCGACUUGCGAACCGCUCGAGGGCGUUCUGGUUGACUUCUGGCACUGUAAUGCUACUGGAAGCUAUUCAAGCUUCACGGGAUUGUCUCCUAACACGCCAUUCGAGACGCUGUUGAAGCAGUUGAAUGUAUCGGAUUAUGGAAUGGGUUCGACCGAUUUGCACACCGACGACACCACCUUCUUGCGCGGAAUGUGGCCAACUGACAAGAACGGAAUGAUGGAGAUGAAAACCGUCUUUCCUGGCUUCUAUAUCGAACGCGCCAUCCACAUCCACGUCCAAGUCCAUAGCGACUGGUCUCUUCGUGGAAACGGCACCAUAGCCCACAGCGAUACUAUCAGCACCGGCCAACUUUAUUUCGAUGAAGCACUCGAGCGCAAGAUCAUGGCUCUGGAACCCUACGUCUCGCAUACGGAAAUUAACCGGACCACCAACGCCGUCGACUCGGUGUUCUCCCAAGGUCUUGACGGUGGAUACAACCCUGUCAUAUCUGUGGAGCCUGUGAAUGGCGAGGAUGUAACCAAGGGAAUGAUUGGGUAUGUCACCAUUGGUGUCGAUACGACUGCGGUAGAGAGCUUUGGGAAGAAAUAAGGAUGUGCUCCGUGCUGGACUGAGUGUCAUGUCUUAAUUUAUUAUAUUCAAUUAGUAAACGCAACCCAACAUCGACCAACCCUUCAAGUGCCCAAAACGAGG